AUGGCGGCAGAUCUGGGAGAUCUCUUGGCCAAGGUGCUCCCCACCGGAGUUGAGAUCACCGUUCGCCAUAUCUCGUCAACACCCACUCCAUGCGAAGCUCUCUUUGCAGCUGCGCCGGGCCAGAUAUCCGAGCCCACAUUCUGCGAAAAUCAUUUCCUCUCGGUAUCAAUUGACUCUAAUGAUGAAGGUGAGACAAUUGUCUUCGGAAUGGAGGUGAUGGUCUACAACACGGCCCACUUAACCACCAUCUUCGUCUCCAAGGCCGACUCGACUGGUUUACUGCAUCUCCUAAAAUUGCCGCGCAAGGUAUCUGUCCUGAGGCUGGUCUCCAACACAUUUCUCUCAUUUCUGGCUCGAACCCGCCAACGGCCCGGUGUACGUCUCGUGGUAUCGCUGUUCGCCCGUGCCCAGAAUCAGUACCUGUUCCCGGGCAGCAUUGAGAACACCGAAAAGCACGUUCUAGACGAUCGAGGCCUAAUCAAGUGGUGGUGCCGUGUUCUGGAUCCAAUCCUACGCGAGCAUGAACCAGAAUCUGCUCUUCAAGAGGCGAAAGCGUUGGAUCAAACAGUCGAGGCUGCCAAGGCCUCUGCUACCGCAUACUUGAUUGUUCCAAGUUGUGACCGCUUUGAGACACGCAACUUUUUCCCUGCUACAGCCAAGACCGACGCGCAGGAUCGCCCACGGUGGCUCAACAGCUACCCACUGAAACAAUUGUGCCACGACCCCUCGGCUCCUCCCCGCUGCUUGGUGCCUCGUUUCCCGGAUGAUCCCAAAACUCGUUUCCUCAUCGACCUGGAUGGUGAACUUCCCGAGGAGAAGGAAGAUCAGCCUACCGCCGCUAAUGCCGGACGCUGGCGUAGCGUACGGUCGUUGGACCAAUUCUGGGAGAUGAUGUCUUUCCGUCAAGAAUGCUCUGCUGGUCGUUUAGUUGGCUUUCUGUGGUUGGUCAUCAAUCCUCCUGGUCUGAUGAACUCAACGUCAAUGGAAAGCCAAACACGCGGUUCAUCUGACAAUGGCCUAGUCUCUAAUGAAACAGAGAUUCCUGGUGUCAUUCCAGGCGAGGAAAAAGUGCAGAAUGGCUCUAGCCAGCCCGAAGAAGUCCCCACAUUGGCGAAGGCAACAGCAAACUCUACGACCGCCGUUAUUGGCUCCAAUAUUCCCCGGGAUGAUGGAUCUAGCACUGUGAACCCUUUCGACUGGCCAGAGGCCGGACGUGGACAAGUCGUCCUCAGCGAAGCAGACUACAAAACGAUGAUGGAUUCUGUUCUAGACCAUUUCUAUGACAAAAAAGAAGUCGUCGCCAGUACUAAAAUCUACGUUGAUCAAGUUUCUUCCCUGGCGGACGAGCUUACAUGGGGCAAGAAGGUUGUAGGCAGCAAUACAACGAGCAGCACUGCUUCCCAGCCUGCCAAUACCAACACCAACAACAUCCUAGAUCUCGGACUGAUCCGCAAGCGAAAGAAGUCAUUGGGCGAGGGCAACACUCCCGUUGUGAAUGAUUCCCAGGCACCAAUUGAAUCGGGAGAGAAACAACCAGCUCCGUCAGACCCGGCUAGUGUCAAUGUACUCAAUGCAAGCUUGGUCCGAAAGAAGAAGAAAACAUGA